AUGUCUACAGCGGAGAAUUCUUUAAUGGAUAGCGCUAAUAAUAUCUUUCUUUCUUUGGGAGAUAUAUUUGACCAGUUAUCGCUUUCACAGACUUGCAAUAUUAUAACACCAAACCAUUCAAGUGCGUUUAUUGUGGAGCGGAAUAGGCUCAACAAUGAUAUCAAUGUGUACAAUAGUCUUCUGUCCCAACAUCUGAUGGACUUUAAAGACACGGAGAUCAUGUUACGAAAAAUGAAAAACGAUUUACUCAAUAAGGUGGCACCGUCAUCUAGUACAGUAAAAGCAGAAGUGAAAGAGGAGCCCAGCCUACCACUCAAAGUCGAGCAGCCUGUAGAGCUUGCUAUACCGUCCAACGAUGCGUUUUCUGUCGAUAAUAAUAACUUCUAUAAUGAAAACUUUGAUGAGUUCAUGGACUUUUCUGCUGACACUGGUGGCAUGGCCAAUUUUGACGCAUUAGGUUUUAAUUCCAACGAUAACGAAACACAGAAAUUUACAGAUAACAACGACACUAACGGCAUGGCAAACUUGAAUAAUGUCGACAAUAUGAACAUCGAUAGUAAGCAGAAGUCCAAUGCAAUGGAUUCAGAAUUGGCUAAUAUCGACAAUACAAAGAACCCAUUGGAUAUUCUUGCAUCGAUGGAAUCUAAAAAGAACACCGAUGAGAACUUUGGUGUUGAUAAUGACCAAGACAUGGACCAGUUUGCAACCAAUGACGAUUUGAUGGGGAACAAUCCUAACUAUCUAGGCAGUGACGUGGAUCUGAAGGAACUGUUACAGAAUAGUGAAGAUGCUGAUGGCCGUAUUGAUAUUCCUGAAGGUGAUAUCAACAGUUUAUUCAAUGAAAUUGAUCUUCUAAUCGGCAAUGAUGAAUCAUAG